AUGUCUCAACAAUCUGAAAAAGAUAAAUUACCAUUAUUAGCUAUGGCUGGUCUUUUUGAAAUUAAUCAACAUUGUGAAAGUGAACCAUUAUAUACAUGUUCGAUAUGUACAGUAGAUGCAAGUGAAACAAUGCGUAAAGUACAUGUUCGAAUGCCAGCAAUUUUAUCAAGUCAACGUGAAAUAGAUGAAUGGCUUGAUUUUGGACGAUUUAAAACUGAACAAGUUCUUCCAUUACUUGUACCAAAUAAUGAUAUUAAAAUGUAUCGAGUAACACCAAAUGUAGGUUCAACAAAAUUUAAUGAUAUUAAUAAUAUUCAACCGAUUGAUGUUGAUAAAGAAAAUAAAACAGUAUCAUCAAAUAAAAAUACACUUGAUUCAUUUGUAAUAAAAAAAGCACCAAGUAAAUAUUUUCAAGAUCAUAUGUUCAAAGAUGAAAGUAAUAAAAUAUUAUCACAUAAACGAAGUCAAGAUACAAUUGAUGAUUAUAUGUAUAAAGAAAUAAAACCAUCAGUAAAACGAUUCAAAAAAUAG